CCGGCGGGCGGCGCGGUCCUCACAGGAGACCCCGGGGACUGGGGCUUGACCCCGAGGUGCAGCGAGCCCGUCAGAGCGGCAGAAUAGCACAACCAUGUUUCGGAAUAGCCUCAAGAUGCUUCUUACUGGUGGAAAAUCAAGUCGUAAAAACAGGUCAAGUGAGGGAGGGAGCGAGGAAACACCCGAUCGAAGACAGUCAAGUGUAGACUCUCGCCAAAGCCGCUCUGGGCAAGGUGGCGUCUCCACAGAAAGCGACUGUGCUUUUGAGCCUGACUACGCUGUUCCGCCACUUCCAGCGAGUGAAGGUAUGCAGCACAUUCGGAUUAUGGAGGGCAUGUCUCGCUCUCUUCCAUCCUCCCCCUUACUCACACAUCAGUCUAUCAGUGUUCGGCUCCAACCUGUGAAGAAGUUAACUGCCCCUCUGAGGAAGGCAAAGUUUGUUGAGAGCCCACGAAUUCCAGAAUCCGAGCUUGGCUCACCAACCCUCACUUCAGCUCAGAAACUGGAUGUGGAUGCAUACUGCCCUGGUGAUGCUGAACAGGAACUUGGCCCCCCUCCAUCUGUAGAUGAGGCAGCAAACACACUCAUGACUCGUCUGGGUUUCCUCCUUGGAGAGAAAGUCACAGAAGUUCAGCCAGGUGACCAAUACAGCAUGGAAGUACAGGAUGAAAAUCAGACCUCAGCAAUCAGCCAGCGGAUAAGUCCCUGUUCCACCCUGACUAGCAGCACUGCCUCUCCACCAGCCAGUAGUCCCUGCUCUACCCUCCCACCAGUCAGUACAAAUGCAGCUGCCAAGGACUGCAGCUAUGGCGCUGUUACUAGUCCAACCUCCACCCUCGAGAGCAGAGAUAGUGGCAUCAUUGCUACGUUGACAAGCUACUCUGAAAACAUGGAACGCACAAAAUAUGUUGGGGAAGGCAGUAAAGAAUUAGGAUCUGGAGGAAACCUAAAACCUUGGCAGUCUCAAAAAUCCAGCAUGGACUCCUGUUUGUAUCGAGUAGAUGAAAACAUGACUGCUUCCACCUAUAGUCUGAAUAAGAUCCCAGAGAGGAAUUUGGAGACAGUUUUAUCUCAAUCAGUACAGUCUAUUCCUUUGUAUCUUAUGCCACGGCCAAAUUCAGUAGCAGCCACAAGCUCUGCCCACUUGGAGGACCUUGCUUACCUGGAUGAGCAGAGACAUACACCUUUGAGAACUUCUCUUCGAAUGCCAAGGCAGAGUAUGGGUGGUGCUCGCACGCAGCAGGAUUUAAGAGUUCGCUUUGCACCUUAUAGGCCUCCAGAUAUCUCCCUGAAGCCUCUGCUCUUUGAAGUGCCCAGCAUCACUACAGAGUCAGUGUUUGUUGGCCGGGAUUGGGUUUUCCAUGAAAUAGAUGCUCAGCUUCAAAGUUCAAAUGCCAGCGUGAACCAAGGAGUAGUGAUUGUGGGAAAUAUUGGUUUCGGCAAAACGGCCAUCAUCUCCAGACUGGUGGCCCUGAGCUGCCAUGGUACACGGAUGAGACAGAUUGCCUCAGACAGUCCACAUGCCUCCCCCAAACAUGUGGACGCCAACAGGGAACUGCCACUCACACAGCCACCUUCAGCUCACUCAUCUAUCACCAGUGGAAGCUGCCCAGGAACUCCAGAAAUGCGCAGGCGGCAGGAGGAGGCUAUGCGAAGACUAGCCUCGCAGGUGGUUGCCUAUCACUAUUGCCAAGCAGAUAAUGCCUAUACCUGCUUGGUGCCGGAAUUUGUCCACAAUGUUGCUGCUCUGCUCUGCCGCUCAGCUCAGCUGACUGCCUAUCGGGAGCAGCUUCUUCGGGAGCCCCACCUGCAGAGCAUGCUGAGCCUUCGGUCCUGUGUUCAAGACCCUAUGGCCUCCUUCCGGAGGGGAGUCCUGGAGCCCCUGGAGAAUCUCCACAAAGAGAGAAAAAUCCCAGAUGAAGAUUUCAUCAUUUUAAUUGAUGGAUUAAAUGAAGCAGAAUUUCACAAACCGGAUUAUGGGGAUACAAUUGUAUCAUUUCUGAGUAAAAUGAUUGGAAAAUUUCCUUCUUGGCUCAAACUAAUUGUAACAGUUAGGACCAGUUUACAGGAAAUUACCAAGCUGCUGCCUUUCCAUAGGAUUUUUUUGGAUCGACUAGAAGAGAAUGAAGCCAUAGACCAGGACCUGCAGGCUUACAUCCUGCACCGGAUACACAGCAGCUCAGAGAUCCAGAAUAACAUUUCACUUAAUGGCAAAAUGGACAAUACCACAUUUGGCAAACUCAGUUCUCAUCUCAAGACCCUCAGUCAAGGGUCCUAUCUAUACCUGAAACUCACAUUUGACCUCAUAGAGAAAGGCUAUCUAGUGUUAAAGAGCUCUAGCUACAAAGUAGUUCCUGUUUCACUCUCGGAGGUUUAUUUACUCCAGUGCAAUAUGAAGUUCCCAACCCAGUCUUCCUUUGACCGGGUGAUGCCUCUCCUCAAUGUGGCAGUGGCCUCUCUCCACCCACUGACUGAUGAGCAUAUCUUCCAGGCCAUCAAUGCUGGUAGCAUUGAAGGCACACUAGAAUGGGAGGAUUUUCAGCAGAGAAUGGAGAACCUCUCCAUGUUCCUAAUCAAGCGCAGAGACAUGACUCGUAUGUUUGUACAUCCUUCUUUUCGAGAAUGGCUUAUCUGGAGAGAAGAAGGAGAGAAAACCAAAUUUCUCUGUGAUCCCAGGAGUGGUCACACAUUACUUGCCUUCUGGUUUUCCCGCCAAGAGGGAAAACUAAACCGACAGCAAACUAUUGAGCUGGGACAUCACAUCCUCAAAGCACACAUUUUUAAGGGUUUGAGUAAAAAAGUUGGUGUGUCAUCCUCCAUCCUCCAAGGUCUCUGGAUCUCCUACAGCACAGAAGGUCUUUCCAUGGCACUGGCAUCUUUACGAAAUCUCUACACUCCAAAUAUAAAGGUCAGCCGACUGCUGAUUUUGGGAGGUGCCAAUAUUAAUUACCGGACAGAGGUUUUAAAUAAUGCUCCAAUCCUAUGUGUCCAGUCUCACCUUGGUUACACGGAAAUGGUGGCCCUGCUAUUGGAGUUUGGGGCCAACGUGGAUGCCUCUUCAGAAAGCGGCCUGACUCCUCUGGGGUAUGCUGCAGCGGCAGGGUACCUGAGCAUUGUGGUGCUGCUGUGCAAGAAACGGGCCAAGGUGGAUCACUUGGAUAAGAACGGUCAGUGUGCUUUGGUUCAUGCUGCACUCCGAGGUCAUCUGGAGGUUGUCAAGUUUUUGAUUCAGUGUGACUGGACAAUGGCCGGGCAGCAGCAAGGAGUGUUUAAGAAGAGCCAUGCCAUCCAACAGGCCCUCAUUGCUGCAGCCAGCAUGGGUUACACUGAGAUUGUCUCCUACCUACUUGAUCUUCCAGAAAAAGACGAAGAGGAGGUGGAGCGAGCACAGAUCAAUAGUUUCGACAGUCUCUGGGGAGAAACAGCCCUGACAGCUGCAGCCGGAAGGGGCAAACUGGAAGUGUGCCGUCUGCUCUUGGAACAGGGGGCAGCAGUAGCCCAGCCAAAUCGCCGAGGAGCAGUGCCUCUGUUCAGCACUGUUCGCCAGGGCCACUGGCAGAUCGUUGAUCUUUUACUCACCCACGGAGCUGAUGUCAACAUGGCAGACAAGCAGGGCCGUACUCCCCUGAUGAUGGCUGCCUCUGAAGGCCAUCUAGGAACCGUGGACUUUCUGCUCGCACAAGGUGCCUCCAUUGCUCUAAUGGACAAAGAAGGAUUGACAGCCCUCAGCUGGGCUUGUUUGAAGGGCCAUCUCCCAGUAGUACGUUCACUGGUGGAUAACGGAGCUGCCACAGACCAUGCUGACAAGAAUGGCCGUACCCCACUGGAUCUGGCAGCUUUUUAUGGCGAUGCUGAAGUGGUCCAGUUCCUGGUGGAUCAUGGGGCCAUGAUUGAGCACGUUGACUACAGCGGAAUGCGCCCUUUGGAUAGGGCGGUGGGGUGUCGGAACACUUCUGUUGUUGUCACUCUUCUGAAGAAAGGAGCCAAGAUAGGUUGUCAGACGUUACCGAGUCGCCCACGAGGUCCAGCCACAUGGGCGAUGGCCACCUCCAAACCAGACAUCAUGAUCAUCCUGUUGAGCAAGCUGAUGGAAGAGGGGGACAUGUUCUACAAGAAAGGUAAAGUAAAGGAAGCCGCCCAGCGCUACCAGUACGCUCUGAAGAAAUUCCCUAGAGAAGGGUUUGGUGAGGACCUGAAAACCUUCCGGGAACUAAAGGUGUCUCUCCUCCUCAACCUCUCUCGAUGUCGCAGGAAAAUGAACGAUUUUGGAAUGGCGGAGGAAUUUGCUACUAAGGCCCUGGAGCUGAAACCGAAAUCUUAUGAAGCUUACUAUGCAAGAGCAAGGGCAAAACGCAGCAGCAGACAGUUUGCAGCAGCCUUAGAGGACCUGAACGAGGCCAUCAAACUAUGUCCAAACAACCGUGAGAUCCAGAGACUUCUGAUGAGAGUAGAAGAAGAGUGUAGACAGAUGCAGCAGCCACCGCCACAGCCGCAGCCGCAGUCGCAGCCGCCAGAAGAAUCAGAGCCUGAAGCACAGCGUGAAGAUACGUACUCUGCACAAGAUAUAUUUGAGGAGGAGUACCUGGAGCCAGACGUUGAGAACAUUUCCAUUGGCCUCCAGACAGAGCCCCGGCCCAGCCAGGGGCUCCCCGUUAUCCAGAGCCCACCCUCCUCUCCAGCCCAUCGGGACUCAGCCUACAUCUCUAGUUCCCCUCUUGGCUCUCAUCAGGUUUUUGACUUCCGGUCCAAUAGUUCCGUAGGUUCUCCCACUAGACAGGGCUAUCAGUCCCCCUCACCUGCUCUUUCUCCAACUCACCAGAACUCUCAUUACAGGCCCAGUCCACCACAUACUUCCCCAGCUCAUCAGGGUGGAUCUUACCGCUUUAGCCCCCCUCCUGUGGGAGGGCAGGGCAAAGAAUACCCAAGCCCUCCCCCGUCCCCUCUCCGCAGAGGCCCUCAGUAUCGAGCCAGCCCUCCAGCUGAAAGCAUGAGUGUCUAUAGAUCCCAGUCUGGUUCACCUGUGCGCUAUCAGCAAGAAGCAAAUGUUAGUCAGCUUCCUAGCAGACCAAAAUCUCCAUUAUCCAAAAUGGCCCAGCGGCCCUACCAGAUGCCUCAGCUUCCUGUGGCAGUUCCCCAGCAAGGGCUCAGGCUACAGCCUGCCAAAGCCCAGAUUGUGAGAAGUAACCAGCCCAGCUCAGCAGUUCAUUCAAGCACUGUCAUCCCCACAGGAGCCUAUGGCCAAGGAGCCCAUUCGAUGGCUAGUAAAUACCAGUCUUCACAAGGAGAUAUAGGAGUGAGUCAGAGCCGACUGGUUUAUCAAGGGUCAAUUGGGGGAAUUAUAGGGGAUGGGAGACCUGUGCAGCAUGUCCAAGCCAGCCUGAGUGCAGGUGCCAUCUGUCAGCAUGGAGGGUUGACCAAAGAAGAUCUUCCACAGCGACCUUCCUCAGCAUAUCGAGGUGGCGUGAGAUACAGCCAGACACCACAGAUUGGACGUAGCCAGUCAGCUUCCUAUUACCCAGUCUGUCACUCAAAACUAGAUCUGGAGCGUUCCUCCAGCCAAUUAGGUUCCCCUGAUGUGUCACAUUUAAUCAGAAGACCUAUUAGUGUCAACCCUAGUGAAAUCAAGCCCCACCCUCCAACUCCCAGGCCAUUGCUGCACUCCCAAAGUGUAGGUCUUCGCUUCUCUCCAUCCAGCAAUAGUAUUUCAUCCACCUCCAACCUAACUCCUACCUUCCGGCCAUCUUCUUCAAUUCAACAAAUGGAGAUCCCACUGAAACCGGCAUAUGAUAGGUCAUGUGACGAGCUGUCACCAGUGUCUCCCACUCAGGGAGGUUACCCCAGUGAGCCCACCCGAUCCAGGACCACACCAUUCAUGGGGAUCAUAGAUAAAACAGCCCGGACUCAACAGUACCCCCACCUUCACCAGCAGAAUCGGACCUGGGCAGUGUCAUCAGUGGAUACCGUUCUCAGUCCCACGUCUCCAGGCAACCUGCCUCAGCCUGAAUCCUUCAGCCCACCAUCAUCCAUCAGCAACAUUGCCUUUUAUAACAAAACCAACAAUGCACAGAAUGGCCAUUUGCUGGAGGACGAUUAUUACAGCCCCCACGGGAUGCUGGCUAAUGGGUCCCGUGGGGACCUCUUGGAGAGAGUCAGCCAGGCCUCCUCCUAUCCCGACGUGAAGGUGGCUCGGACCCUUCCUGUGGCUCAGGCAUACCAGGACAACCUCUACAGGCAGUUGUCCCGGGACUCUCGACAAGGGCAGACAUCCCCUAUCAAACCAAAGAGACCAUUUGUGGAGUCUAAUGUUUAAAAGACGUUUGUUGGAGUGAGACCCAUAUGUUUUCACUGCACAUUUUCAGGCUUGGUUUCCACAUUGGAGGUAGUUCUUGGGCUUAAUUUCUCAUGUAGUUUCUGUAUGGUGUUCAGAGGUGGCCGCCCACAUGCUGAAAUCCUUUGCAUGCAGCCAACGGGGAAGCUGGCCUCCAGCGAGCCAGGACUUCAGUUUCUCUUGUCUGUGCCCAGCCACAUGCUCUCUCCUUCUCUUCAGAUGCCAACAAGGAGAUUUUUGUGCCGUGUGCUUUAACCCAGGGAGAUCAGACACGCUGGUCAGCUUUCUCCAGGAGACAAUCGCUUUCACUGAUGAUGUUCUUGUUGUGUAAAUGUCUUUUUCUUUUUUAAAAAAAAUAAGAUGUUUGUUUUCUCCUAGGAACUUUAGAAGGAGUGUAAUGCCCCUUUGCCUUUGCAUUCCUGUCUGGUAUUAUCCAAAUAGCCAUCCCAGUGCAUUCUUGUGCCAUGGUCUCCUUCCCUAGACUGCCAGCGCCCUGCAGUCUUUAG